UCUCACCUCGUCUUUACGAAUCAUUCUCACAUCUGCCAUGGAAGUCUGAAGAUAAUCUUUUUUCAACCAUAAUGUAAAUAUUUGCUGACAUUCUUAGUGUUGUGUGGCCACUAAAUAUUUCUUAUUUACUUAGGAAUGAUUAAGCUCUAUUUUUUAUUGUGAUUCAUGUCUUCUGCGUAGAAUAAUGAGGACAAGGAAUUCUCCAGGACCGAGUUUUUGAUAUCGUUUAAAAAUGCAAGUGGUUCGUCUACAGAAAACUAGGGCAAAUCAACAGCAAAGAUAAAUAGUCGUUUAUAAAGCAUCUGGAAAAUUGUCUCUCUAACAAGGCCUUCCUCCUUCUCCUCUUCAAGGGUAAUAAAAAAGCCAUCGACCAAGAGAAUUAGUUCGCCGAGUGCCGCAAGAAGCGAUGGAGACCGCUUUGGAAGAAUUGGUUCGGAAACAGUUUGUCGCCGAAGAAGCCGUUCGAAUCGUACACCGAUUCAACGACAAAAAGUCCAAGAAACCUAGAAAUGAACGCCUGGUUGAUUUAUGCACCGACAUUGCACGAAUCCUUGAUGUCAAUAAGAAACUUGAAACCACAAUCAAAUCACAAGAAGCAGAACUCAAUACUUUACGAAGCAGUGGAGAAAUAAAUCAUACUCAAGACUCAGCCCUCGACCCGUCUGCACAAACCCCUGAAUCACCUCCUCCUCAAGGGUUAGUCAGGUCACCGUCCUCAGGUCGAGGCACGGCGUACACACUGCGAGAGACUGGGACCGAUCCUGUCUUUGAUUGGACCGAGAGACCAGAGACAUUGUCACGUGCAACGAGUCCAAUUCAACUAAACUCUACUUCGCGAGCAACCAGUCCUUGGAAACAAUACACAUCGUCCCGAGCAACGAGCCCUUUGCAGUCAAAAGAUAACUUUGAGGGUCUAUCUACUGAUAUGUCUGAGUUACAUGAGACCCGGGACAUGGACACAGAACCAGAUGAAACAGAUAAAGCGGAUGAGUACCAAGAUGACUUCCAAUCAGAUAUUGAUACCGCAAAUAGCAAUGCAGAGAAUGAAGAGCCUACGGAUGAAAUAGUCACCAAGAAGGAAAGUGGUUUUGAAGAUACUGUAGAUGAACAUGAAGAUAUUGAAGAGGCAGGAACACCAAACAAAGAUCGCCAGAAAGAAAACAAGCAAGAAAAACACACAAGCAAGGAAAAACCAAGUAACAGGGCUGGCACGAAAGAGUCUGGUAGUCUUAGAGAAAAAGAUCGAUCCAAACGUACCAGUCGUGCGUCCGACACCAAGGGAACAAAAAGAGACGUCAAGGAAAAACCGAACAGGAACACGAGGACCCAGGAAAUUAAAAUUAAGAAUACAGAAAGGAAUAAAAGUGUAUCAUCAGCGACUUCCUCUACGCGACGAAAACUAGCAGAAGAAAGAGACAACAAGGAGGCUAGUAAAAGAAGGUCUGCGCAUGCGUCAGGUCGUCCUGAAAAGAGAAGUACACAGUCAUCUGAUAAAAAGACCAACAGACACGUGUAUAAUAAAGAAGAAGAAAAAGAAGAUAGGAAAACCACUGAAAGGAAAGAUGCGAAAGACGUAGAUAAGCAGACAAGGCCAAAGUCUAGGCCAAAAAAAUUCAAGAGCCCCAACAAUUCAGCAAGAAAAAGAUUGUCCAAGACGACUACGCACCGCGAGGGGUCUGGGAAGAGUGUUCAUUGGUACUCGAGUGACGAAAGUUCAUCAUCAAGCUCGUCAGAAAGUGAAGUCGAUGAGGAACACACUAGAAAGUUAAGACCCGAGUUGUCCGCAGAAUACUGGGAUAUUCACAAGCUUGUCAAGUUUUUAAGGAUUGGUUCUCUGAAAAUAUUGCGGCGUCUUUCAAUCAGUAGAAGAGUGAACAACGAGAUCUAUCGCCUGGGAGGGAUUCAACAGCUGAUCAAAUGUUUGAACAACAAAUCUAUUGAGAUCCAGUCCCUCGCGGCCGGGACGAUCAGUAACUUUGUGUCAUUUCGCAAGGCAUACAACGCAAUUAAGAAGUACAAUGGAAUUCCACGACUGGUCAAGUUAUUACAACCCAACAAAAAUCCAAAGCCACUAAGAUACAGAGCAUACACAAACACCGAGAACGCCAGCACCCUCUUGCAUAACGCCUGCAAUGCAUUGUGGAGCUGCAGCAAAAGCGAGAAAAACAUCGAAGCUAUACGUAACGCGGGCGUUGUUCCUAUCCUUGCUUCGUUGUUAAGGAAAGGGCCUAGUGAUGUGAUACUUUCAACGGUUGGAAUCAUACAGGAGUGCUCUAGUGAUGCAUCUUUCCGGGAGGAAAUUCGCAAGGAGGGCAUCAUAGAAGACGUUGUAGGGUUCUUACGCGAGGGUGAAAACGAACUAAGGACAUUAUGUGCUAACGCAAUCUUCAAGUGCGGAGAUGACGAAGAGACACAAAAACUUGUACAAAAGCACAGAGGUCUGGAUCCUUUGAUUCAAGUAGUUGCAUCAACUGACAAUAAUCAGGAUAAGAAACUACUGGGUGCAGUAGUAGGGGCGAUAUGGAAAUGUGCCUCUAAUAAAGAAAACUUGACAAGAUUGGAGAAGUUUGAUACAUUGUAUCAUUUAAUUCGACAUUUAAAAAUGAAACAACCUCAUGAGGUUGAGGCAAAUAUCAUAGGGGCCCUGGGCGAGUUCGCUUACAAUAGACGCAACGUCUUAACCCUUUAUGAAGAAGGAGUUCUUAACAUCAUCAUAAAUAGACUGAACUUGACCAUGCCAAAUAUACUCAUCAACUCGAGCAAGCUUCUCGCCUUGUGUGCUAAGGAAAAUGCUCCAAGACAAGCUAUCUUGACAAGUGAUGGUGUGCGGUUACUGUGGUCUUUGUUGAAGUCAAGCAAUCAUAAGGUGGUUGCUAGUGCUUGUUAUGGAAUCGCGAUGUGUGUAUCUGAUGCUAAGGAAUCAGCCGAAAUUGUUCGUUCGUUUGUCGGUGGCCUGGAACUAGUGACUAAUCUUCUGAGGUCCAAUAAACGAGAGGUGUUGAUCAACACAUGCCGUUUGGUCAUCAACAUUGGACAAGAUCGUGAGAACAUGUCUAUAAUGACUGAUUAUGAUGCUGUCCCAUUACUCAUCUCACUUGUUUAUGCGGACGACGAGGAAAUGAGACAAUACGUUGCAGAAGCAAUAGCUACGUGCUGUAACCUAGAUAAAAAUAUCACAGCUCUAUCGUCUACUGUGGUUCCUCUUUCAGAAGGAUUUGCCUUGUAUAAGGGUGUUGAAGUACACAGGACAACAGCCUUAGCACUGGAAAAACUAUCCCAAGACCCACACAAUUGUUACCUCAUUCACAGACAUGGUGCUCUUAAGCAUCUGAUGAAAAUGAUAGGAUCGGAGGACGACGAUGUUCAGGAGGCAGCGGCUCGCUGUAUCAAAAACGUGCGCAUGAACGCUAUUGACCAAAACAGCUAGCAUCUGGCAUCGUAAACAAAUAAUAACUGUUUAAUCUAGAUUUUAUAUAGAAAUUAACACCGAGACUAUUUGUGAAACUAUUUAUAAAAUACAUAAGGUACUACCAACCCUCUGAUUAACUGACAUGUCUGUAUUUGAAUAAGCUCACCCAAUUACGUGUAGAUGUCGGAUAAUUUUAUCUCCUAAAUUGUCAGACUAAUUUCUAGUUUUCAAUAUGCGGUCUCUCAGAUUUUCGUGAAGAUCUCCUCUCCACUUUUUUACAUAAGGCUGUUAGGAUAGAUAAUAUCGAACGUUCAUAUAUAAGGAUAGAAAAUUUACGAUAGUACGAAUAGUAUAUGAAGAGAAAAAUUGUACAUAAGAUAAUAACAAAGUAAAAAGAAUAUAUAUA